AUGCUUCCAAACACCCUUCAUCAGCAUCACCACUUACAAGAAGACGACUCUUCCGGAAUCCUACAAUCCCUUCAGUCUACCGCUCCCGAACCACCUUCACCGAACACCCUCGACAAACACUUCGUGUUCCCACUCGAAAAACUUCCGCGUAACACUUCCUACCCGCUCAGCAUGCCCGUCCACGAGUCUCACAUCGCAAAGACCCGGGUGGCUGCCCCAAUUGAACGUUUGCCGGUUGAGAUCUUUGAUCAAAUCAUCCCCUACCUCGCCGUUGAAACUCCCACGAAUGGUUACACACCGCGAAACCGAGACCUUGCGUCGUGCCUACUUGUGUCUCGCACCUUCUACAAUAUGACUCUGUCGACUUUGUAUGCGCGAGUUACCUUCCCACACUCGUCGAUAUUCUCCAAGUUCCUUGCUCACAUCACCAAGUAUCCUGAGUUGGGCCAGCUAGUACGGCGGCUGGACUUUGCUCAGUUUACAGCGGUUGGGCUUGGACGGACGAGGAAGGCGCAGUUUGAGAUCAACAACCUCACCCAGGAGACAUUGCUGCGGUGCUUGAGCUUGACUCCGAGACUUAGAGAGUUUCUGGCUGUGGAGUCUAUGGACAUGGACGUCAACGCUGCUGUGAUGGAGAAGUUGUUCUUCGAUCUGCCCAUGCUCCAAGCUGUCGACUUCUGCGGAUCCGGCAUCACUUCGAGCUUCGUGAAGGAUAUGACUGCCGUGCUUUCUUCCAACAACCCACGCAUGCCUGAUGUCAUCGGAUUGAAGCGGGUUGGGUUCCACGGGUGUAACAUCCUGCCCCCGUCGGUGUUUGCUUCGCUCGUGCCGCGUCUUGGAAACGUCACCCACCUGGACCUGACGCAUACUGCUGUUACGGACGGCACUCUCCAUGCUCUGCCCCACACUGCGAGACUUACCCACCUCUCGUUGUCUAAGUGCAACAGACUUCGCGGACCAGCAGUCGUUGACUUCAUCGUCAACCACCCUGCGCUGAAGAAUCUCAUCUACCUGAAUCUUCAUUUCGAUACUAGCAGAUAUCGGCUUCUGUCGGUUGCGGACGUGGAUGAGCUGCUGCCACGCUUGCCCAAGUCUCUUCGUUCGCUCAACCUCUCCGGCGCGAAGAUCAACUCUUCGCACAUCCCCGAAUUGCGACGUCUGGCCGAGCACCUCGAGGAACUUUCCAUUGGCGGUGCUGACCUCACGCUCACGCAAAUAAAUGUUCUGUUCGAGAAGGGCGAAGAGGAUGAGCAGCGUCUGCGCGGCGGACCUCGCCAGUCCACCCUGCGCUACCUUGACCUCACUGGUGUCGCGUCAGUGACACCCGUGGGAAUCAUCUUAGCGGGCAGCAAUGAAUCACUCCUCCGUCGUGAUACAUUCCCGCUUCAAGUUCUCGAACUGAGCGAGAAGGUUACCGAUGGACUCAAGGAGCGCUCGGUCUCCGGCAAUCGGAUGGGCUGGGUGGUGAAGUCUGACAGUCGUCGCCAGUGGUACGUCCGUAGGAGCCCGGGAGUGGCUGCGGGCGGAGACCAAUUGGCCAAGGCCAUCGGCGAGGAUGAUGGCAGUAGGCCCUGGAAGAUGGGUGGAAAGUGGUGGGGUGCUCGCAAGAUUGGAAUGGCUGAGGCCGAGCCUACCGGACUCUACGGAUACUACUCUUACGGAAAGUGAUUUCGCCCGCCUGGAUUCAUUCUCGUGUUCGGCUGUACAAUAC